CCAGCCCCUCGCCUGCCUUUUUCUUCUCCCGCGGAAGGCGGCUUCCCAGACGCUUCUCGCAGCAUGGCUGGGGCCGCCGUGCGUGCGGGCUGGUUCGUGCGCCUGGCGACCCCCUCCGCUUCCUACUGCACCCGCUUCGGGCCCGAAGUCUCCGCCGCUGCAGCGGCCCAAGCCCCGCAACCGAGCCCACCCUAUGGCAACCAAAAGUCGCACGCCCGGCGGGUCGCGGCGGAGGAAGAGCCGGCCGCCCGAGCUUUCUCCAGCGCCCCAGCUUCGAGGCCGGACAACAAGAGCUUUCUCUGGGCGCGCUACGGCGAGAUGAAGCGGCUAGUGCAAGAUUUGCUCCCACCUGGUGUCUGCAAUCUUCUGAAUUCUUCAACCAUCUACGCCAACAAUGAGAUUUCACUGAAUACCAUCGGUGUCUACGGCUUUGAUUAUGACUACACCCUGGCAUUGUAUUCUCCUGCGCUCCACUCCCGCAUCUACAACACUGCUAGGGACAUCCUAGUGGAGCAAUAUAAGUAUCCAAAGGGCAUCCUGAAGUAUGAAUACUGGCCUAACUUUGCUAUUCGGGGCUUACAUUAUGACAUUGCAAAGGGCUUGCUCAUGAAGAUAGAUGCAUUUCACUACAUUCAGUUGGGUACUGUGUAUCGAGGCUUGAAACCUGUUCCAGAUGAUGAAGUUCUGGAGAUGUAUGAUGGCACCCAUCAUAUUCCCUUACACCAAGCCAGUGGCUUCUAUGGAAAGGGCCCUGCUGUUAAGCAAUUCAUGGACAUCUUCUCUCUGCCAGAAAUGACCCUCCUGGCGGUAGCUAAUGAUUUUUUCAUCAGCAAUGAUAUUGAUUAUGAUCCCAUCCAUCUCUACAAAGAUGUUACGGAUGCCAUCCGAGAUGUUCAUAUUAAAGGUUUUAUGUACAAGUGGAUUAUGCAAGAUCUGGAGCAAUACAUCCUGCACGGGGAUGAGACCUACGCUGUCCUGCACCGUUUGGCCAAAAAUGGCAAAAAACUCUUCCUCAUCACCAACAGUCCCUUCAGCUUUGUUGAUAAAGGAAUGCGAUACAUGGUGGGCAAGGAUUGGCGAGACUUCUUUGAUGUGGUCAUAGUCCAGGCAGACAAGCCUCAUUUCUUCAAUGACUGCGUCAAGCCUUUCCGACGACUGGAUAGCAAUGGAGAUCUGCAGUGGGACAAAAUAAAUAAGCUGGAGAAAGGCCAAGUGUAUAAACAGGGCAACCUUUUUGACUUCCUCCGGCUCACAGGCUGGCGUGGAUCCAAGGUGCUCUAUUUUGGGGACCAUCUCUACAGUGACCUGGCGGACUUGAUGCUGAGGCAUGGCUGGCGGACAGGGGCCAUAGUUCCUGAGCUAGAGACCGAGACAAAAAUGGUCAACACAGAACAGUACUCCCAAGCACUCACUUGGCUGCAAGCCUUAACUGGAUUGCUGGAACGAAUGCAGAUGUUCCAAGAUCCCGAAUCCCAGCAGGUGCUGCAGGACUGGAUGAAGGAGCGCCAGGAACUCAGGGCACUCACCAAGAACCUCUUCAACCCGCAGUUUGGCAGCAUCUUUCGCACGUGCCACAAUCCCACAUACUUCUCUCGCCGCCUGUGCCGUUUUUCGGAUGUCUACAUGGCCUCCCUCAGCUGUUUGCUCAAUUAUGACCUCAAGUACACCUUUUACCCAAGACGGACCCCCUUGCAACACGAGGCUCCCCUUUGGAUGGAUCAACUCUGCACUGGCUGCAUGAAGACCCCCUUCCUGGAAGAGAUGGCACAUAUCCGCUAGGGACCAAUUGGGGAAUAGUUUGCAGAUGGUUGUGUUUCUAACUUUAGGGCAGUGAUGGGAUGGCUUAAAAGUCUUGUAUGGUUCUUUGUAUUAGAAUCAAACUUGUGGUCUCUGAUUACAUGUCAGAUUUGCAAAGCAAGGGGCCUACUAAGCCUUAAUGAUUGCUCUUUGGCAAUUCAUUUUUGCUUAUGGAUUUAAGAUCUUUGUGGCUCACACCGAGAUCUAGCAAGUCCAUUGUUCUUUGCUGGAACAUCAGCAGCUUCCUAAUGAGCGUUACAAAGGUUAGAAGAGGCCCAUUAAUGGAGCAUUGUCUGCGCUACAGAGUAUGGCAUUUCCAUGUAGACAGAGGGAAGGGGCUUUGGAGUGGCCCAGAGUCCCAUUUGUUGGUUCUCCCUUAGGGGUGAGUGCUCUUC